UAAUUUAUUAGUGAAAGACUUUCAUGUACCAAUUGAACUAUUGUCGUGUGACCCGUAACUAUAGGGAAACCAACAAAGUUGUCGAUGUUCUCGCUUAUUAUAGUGACAAUGGUAGUCCAAGAAUUCAUCUCCAUGCUUCUCCCUCCUCAAAGAUACAAGCGACUGCUUGUAAAACAACGUUCUUCUCAAACCGGGGAAAAUUCCGCCUGGUUUCUCAGAUCAACAGCACUCUCGGCUUAGAUCCCAAACCCGCCGUCAACUCCGCCAUGGCGCCGCCGUCAGAAUCCUUCGAUCCUUUCAACCAAGAACCUGUUGUGAGGAAGAAGAACAACGGAGCCCCAAUCAAGUUCCUUCUUCCUCUCAUAUAUGCCCCUGUUCUUCCUCUAAUUCGUAUAGCGUUGCGGCAUAAACCAGUUGUGAGGGAUCGUUUGUUUUUUGCUGUGUUGGCUGGGGCAUUUGCUCAUGGUUCCUAUCUGGUAUACAACAGAUCACUGGCCUAAGUUGCACCAGACAGCCAGCCCCAAAGCUGGAGAAAAAUGACAGCUGUGUUAGACAGUUGGAAGCCAAAUAAAUACUUGUCAAAUCUUCAUGACAUGGAUCAAUGAUGUUUCACUAGACAUGAUUUAUGAUAGAACAUUAUAACGUUGUUUAAUUCAUUUAGGCUUCGUUUUGGAGUGUUUAGGGGUGUGGGGGGGGAGAUAAGAGAGGAGGGGGGUUAGUCCUCCAAUUGUUUAGAAGUUUAAAAUUCCUAAAUAAAAAACCCAAUUUGGAGGAACUCAACAAAAUAACUGAAGGAGGGUUUUUCAGAAAUUCCCCAAAUCCUUCCCCCCUCCCCCUUUGAAAACCUCCAAACAAGGGAAGGACUUCUCAUAAGCCUCCAUUUUCCCUUCACUCCCCUCCAAAUUCCAACUCACAAAUAAAGCCUUAGUCGACCCCACUUAGUAAGAAAAGGCUUCGGUGGUUGUUGUUGUUGUUAACUAGAUGCAACUAAUCAUUGCUGAUUUUAGUUGCAUAGUCAUUUCCAACAUCGAUGAAUCUUCAUUCUGAUACUGAUGUGAUGAGUGAGAGAAAUAUUGGAAAGUUUAAAGCAGUUUGGGUGUCAAGGAUCUUGAGUAUUAGAGGUGACAACACCUGCCCAUUAGAUCUGUAAACAGGGGAUGCCCUAAUGCAAGACAAAUAAUUUGCUAAUUUGGCAUUUUCUGUUUUACACGCACAUGCAUGCAUACGAAUUUGCAUUUCCUUGAUAUUAGAUCGAAAGAGUUGAAAUUUGGAAUCAGUUUAUGCAUGUACAGUUUUGUAAUUAGAGCCUCAAACUGACCCUUAUGAAGUUAUGACUGUAAAUAGGGCAUGUGUAAGCUACCGAGAUUCAUAAAGAUGUAGUUCUACUCUAAGUUUGGAUUUUGAAAGUUAUCAUUCCUUAUAAUCAUAUCAUACUGUAACUAAUAAAUGACAUUAUAUAUGGGUGGAUGGCAUUUUGCUUUCCACCUGCAUGUUUUUUUUAAAAUUCCUAAGCUACAUUUCCUUUCUGAAUUGUAGAACUAUUGAAUUGAUUAUUAAUUACAUUAAUGGAAGCUAAUGUAAAUUAUAAGGUUGCUGUAACAGAAUUUUUGUCUCGUUUGGACUAAUUUUAGAAUCUUGCAAGGACCGUGCUCUGUUAUUUUAUAUAUUCUUACCAUGUUUCGCCCUAAUGGCUAU